UCCGGGCCUCCAGGGCUCUGCCAACUUCCCCUAGGCUACAGGUGCGUGCAGGUUACAGCCUACGUGCUAGCAGCAGCGGCGAUUCCUUAGAUCCAGACCCACAGAAAGAACCCAGCUUUCUCAAGAGAGAUGCUUCAGUUGUGUGGAUGGGAAUCCAAGAGUCACAAAGGUUUGGGAAAGUGCCCAAGGCCACACAACAGGGAUGUGACUCAGCAAAAGUUCUAAAGCCUCAAAGAUUUGGUCUUACCUCUGGACGAUGUGCUUAUGCGGCUGGCACCACCUUUGGGUCUGCUCUACGGACUGGACAGAGUACAUUGUGCUCUGGGAUGGAAAAGCUACUAUAAACUGCAAAACCCUGAAAGUUUGGAAUCGGGUGUUUUUUUUUCUGACGUACCUGAACACAGAACCCCAGGGUACUUGGAGAGGAACCUGGUCCUAGAGGAACUCUACCAUAAAAAUGAGCCCCGCAGAUCCGCUUGAUGAUGAAGACACAUUUAAAAUCCUGGUUGCCACUGAUAUUCAUCUUGGAUUUAUGGAAAAAGAUGCAGUUAGAGGAAAUGACACAUUUGUGACAUUUGAUGAAAUUUUAAGACUUGCCCUGGAAAAUGAAGUGGAUUUUAUUUUGUUAGGUGGUGAUCUUUUCCAUGAAAACAAGCCCUCAAGGAAAACCCUGCACAGCUGCUUAGAGCUGCUUAGGAAGUACUGUAUGGGUGACCGCCCUGUGCAAUUUGAGAUCAUCAGUGACCAGUCAGUCAACUUUGGUUUUAGUAAGUUUCCAUGGGUGAACUACCAGGAUGGCAAUCUCAACAUCUCCAUUCCAGUGUUUAGUAUCCACGGCAACCAUGAUGAUCCCACAGGGGCAGAUGCCCUCUGUGCCCUGGAUGUUUUAAGCUGUGCUGGGUUUGUGAAUCACUUUGGACGGUCAAUGUCUGUGGAGAAGGUUGACAUUAGUCCAGUUCUGCUGCAGAAAGGAAGCACAAAACUCGCUCUGUACGGCUUAGGGUCCAUUCCAGAUGAAAGGCUCUAUCGGAUGUUUGUCAAUAAGAAAGUAACGAUGUUGAGGCCUAAGGAAGACGAGAACUCAUGGUUUAACUUAUUCGUGAUUCAUCAGAACAGGAGUAAACACGGAAGCACCAACUUCAUCCCAGAGCAGUUUUUGGAUGACUUCAUUGACCUGGUCAUCUGGGGCCAUGAACAUGAGUGUAAAAUCGGCCCAACCAGGAAUGAGCAGCAGCUCUUCUAUGUGUCUCAGCCCGGAAGCUCGGUGGUGACAGCCCUUUCCCCUGGAGAAACUGUGAAGAAACAUGUAGGCCUGCUACGCGUUAAAGGGAGAAAGAUGAACAUGCAGAAGCUGCCUCUCCGCACAGUGCGACAGUUCUUCAUGGAAGAUGUGGUCCUGGCUAACCACCCAAGCCUGUUCAACCCUGACAAUCCUAAGGUGACCCAGGCCAUCCAGAGCUUCUGUUUGGAGAAGAUUGAAGAAAUGCUUGACAGUGCUGAGCGGGAACGGCUGGGGAAUCCUCAGCAGCCGGAGAAGCCUCUCAUCCGACUACGGGUGGACUACAGUGGAGGCUUUGAACCUUUCAACGUUCUUCGUUUUAGCCAGAAGUUUGUGGAUCGGGUUGCUAACCCAAAAGAUGUCAUCCACUUUUUCAGACACAGGGAACAAAAAGGAAAAACAGGAGAAGAGAUCAACUUUGGGAAGCUCAUCAUAAAACCUGCUUCAGAAGGGACGACGCUCAGAGUAGAAGACCUUGUAAAGCAGUAUUUCCAAACUGCAGAGAAGAAUGUUCAGCUCUCACUGCUGACAGAAAGAGGGAUGGGUGAAGCAGUUCAAGAGUUUGUGGACAAGGAAGAGAAAGAUGCCAUCGAGGAAUUAGUGAAGUACCAGCUGGAGAAAACGCAGCGGUUUCUUAAGGAGCGCCACAUCGAUGCUCUAGAAGACAAGAUUGAUGAAGAGGUCCGGCGUUUCAGAGAAAGCAGACAGAGAAAUACCAACGAAGAAGACGAUGAAGUUCGAGAGGCCAUGAGCAGGGCCCGGGCCCUCAGGUCACAGUCGGAGAACGCCGCCUCAGCCUUCAGUGCAGAUGACCUGAGUUUUGAUAUAACGGAGCAGACAGCAGAUGACUCUGACGAUAGCCAGUCAGCAGUGCCGAGCCGAGGCCGAGGUCGAGGCCGAGGACGAAGAGGAGGCAGAGGGCAGAGCACUGCACCCAGAGGAGGCUCUCAGAGAGGCCGAGACACUGGGCUGGGGAUCUCUACUCGGGGCAGGAGCUCAAAGGCCACUGCGUCAACAUCUAGAAAUAUGUCCAUUAUAGAUGCUUUCAGAUCUACCCGACAGCAGCCUUCCAGAAAUGUAGCCACUAAGAAUUACUCAGAGACCAUUGAGGUGGAUGAAUCUGAUGACGAUGACAGUUUUCCUACCAGCUCCAGGGCUGAUCAAAGGUGGUCGGGCACAGCACCUAGCAAACGGAUGUCCCAGAGCCAGACAGCCAAAGGGGUGGACUUUGAAUCAGACGAGGACGAUGAUGACGACCCUUUCAUGAGUGGUAGUUGCCCAAGAAGAAACCGAAGAUAAUGUUGUUAGUAGAACUUAAAAGUUGUCCCGCUGCAGGAAGAAAUCGCAGCAGCGUAUGCUAACUUUACAGCUGGCGGUGUUUUAUCGCUGCAGCACUACAGGAGUCUGAAAAGCCUGGGAUUCUAUUUUAAAAUAUUGUUUCCUGAAGGUGACUCUCUUAAGCCAUUUCCUAGGCGGGUGGUAAGGAGAUUGCUGCUUCUCCUUAGCCUUUAAUCUGCUUGUUAUCAUUGUCUGGGGCUGCUUUAAGAAUGUUAAUUUCCUGACAUAACUGUGUUUCCUGCUUGUAAGAACUUUGCUAAAAUUCCAUUGUUGAAUGAAGAUUAGAGAAAACCCUCCAUUAUCCAUUCCUGCUUCUGAUCAGAGACUGUCAGCCUCCAGUGCCUCAGCUAGCAGAGUUGAUGUGACAGCUUACCGGGGCUGUAACCAUUUCCUGUCUCCCCAGGAAGCAAGGCCCUCCUGUGUGUGUGGUGGGGGGAGCAGUCUGAGCUCCCUGGUUGUUAGCAAGUGUGUGGAUUUCAGAGUGUGCUGGAGGACGGUCCACUAGGGCCAGAAGGGCCUUAUAUUUCAGUAAUUAGUAUAAGGUUUUUGUUGAAACCAUUUUGGUUGUUUUGGUUUUGGUCUUUAUUCACGUUGUAGCAGAGACUCAGAUCCUGUCCCCACUGAGCAGUAGUCAUUUUCUUGAUCACUCUGUCAUUCAUGACAAGCUCUUUUUCUCUCUCAACUCUUGUCAGGGAGAAAAGCUUAAUAGGAUUUUUCUGUUUCUUAAAGAUAGUGAAAAAGCUUUCUUAGGCCAAACAGCCAGCUGACCUUGUGGUUAGUUCAGGCUGACAUACCACAGUUCAGUUUCUGCCCGGAGUCGGGGCCAGGCCUCCUUGACCAGCAGCAGCACUGUACCAUGGCUUUGGUUGCUAUAAACAUCUCUGAAUACACGGUUCCAAAACUGACGGAAACAGCAAGCUUACAUUUUCUUACUUGUUUUAGGAAGAAAAUAAAAAUGUAAUCCUUUCAGAGUUGAGUUAAAUAAUCUUUUUUUUUUCUUUUUUUCCGGAGCUGGGGACCGAACCCAGGGCCUUGCGCUUGCUAGGCAAGCGCUCUACCACUGAGCUAAAUCCCCAACCCGAGUUAAAUAAUCUUAUUCCCUCUUUCACACUCUAAGAAGCUCUGCUGGUCUUUUAAUUUUAUAGGGCAAAUGUGGUCAAACAUUCUUGAGGAAAUCUGGCUCCUUCUAGCACAGCAACAUGAUGUUCUUCCCAGAUGUAGACACCAGCAUUUAGGCCAAACAGUGUUCAUGGCCAUCAAAUUAAUCAGUGUUUGGAGCCCAGCACCUGACAGUACCACCAUGUCUCGAAUGUGAUCUGAGUCAGAAUUACAGCCCAGUGCUAAUGAGCUGCUUAGAGGAGCUUUGUAACUGAUGUGAGCACAGGAUUGUCAGGGGAGCAUUAAGAGCAGAAGGCAUGGUCCUGUCAGAUUGCUUCAGGCAGUUCUUCCCAUCCCCAUCUUUAUCACAUUAAAUCUCAAGUGUUCCAGGGUCUGAAUGGAGAAGAAGUGUGGGGCUCUGUGGGGUGGAGGCUAGUGGGAGGUGGUACUCCCUGAUGCAGAGUUGUGGCCAGCAUCGGGUAGUGCCUAGGCAUGUGUGCCAGCAAGAUGUUCCUAGGUGAGUGACAGUGAGGAUUUGGUCACAAAAGUCCCUGACAGGCUCCUGGAAAGGUUAGUGAGUCUUUUCCUCCAUCAAAAACCCUCAGCUAGAGUAUAGAGUGAUGCUGAUAGCUGCUAGGGGAAGUGAGUCCCUGGCAGUGUGGGACUCUACCAUGAGUAGCCUGCAGCAGACCCUAGCAGGAUGGGAAGUACAAAGAGCUGAGACUGGUAUUGAAGGUCAUUCACAAAGCCUGGGGUUUAGAGACAGCAGAAAUCUGGCCUUGGUGACAUUUGGUGACAGUUUUCAGGCCUGUGGGUGUCAGGAUAGAGUCUUGGGAUCUGGAACAAGUUACUCUUCACUGACAGGUUUCUGAGAGGGAGUGCCACAGGUUCAGAAAAUAAAGGAGAUAGGAAUGCUGGGCUCAGGAAGUCUUGCAAAGCUCUGUCUUUAUGCCAAGCAAGUUUCUUCAGAAGUACCUCUUGUAGACAGUGUGUCUUGGGAAAAUAGGACAUAAGCAGAAAGCUACCAUACAAUGGGAUGAAGUUGGCGGGAAGCUAUCAAGCCAUGUUGCACAAGGGAAACAUGGGAUAUCUCAAGGGCAUCAUAGACUGAGCUCACAGUGGCCUUGGAAUGUAUAAAUUCAGUCUCUUCAGAGGGAAAAGAUAAGUUCUCAGGAACCAAAAUUUUACUCCUUCAUAGCCCCAGCCCAGACCUUGCCAAGUGUGCCUUGGGUGAGGACACCGAACUGAGCUCUUUGUCCUCUCAUGGGGCGUCUUGAGGGUGCCUUGGAUCGGCCUGGCUCCCAACAGCCUACCAGAUGAUUUUUGAGCACCCUGUUUGCUCCUACGUAUGUGACGAUCCACACGAAUGAAGACCUUUGUCCAUUAUGCUUACCAAAGAGUCCAUCCCUUCCUGGCACUGCAUCCUGGGAGUAUGUGUGGGGUGCACUGUACCUCUAGCUGCUUACAGGUCAGGCUCUCAACAGGCACAGCUUAAUUUACGAACACGCUCACGUUUCGUUUAUUUUUAUAAACCUUUAAAGUUGCUGAUGACGAUAACUAUAGAAAAGCCAUGCCUUAAACUGUGAAGGGACUCCUCUUGGGCAGGAGCCGGUGGGAUGGACUCGCCAUGGAGGAGCUGUGGCUGCAGGGAGCAGUGUGGCAGUUCUGCCGAUGGAGGCACUUCGGGGUUAGAACAGCGAAUGCCCAUGCCUAGGUUUGUGCGGGGAUUGAGAAUCUAGUCCGAAAAGCUGCACUCACCCUCGAUUAUGUGCAGGCUGCGUGUCCACCUCUCCCCACCCACUGCAUAGAAGGCUCAUUUGGUGUGUUUUACAUGUAAAGAUUCUGGAAGAGUCAAUAGUCGAUGUCUUCAUAAAGGAAAAACAAAUCUUACUAGAAAAACUAAGUGAAAGUGGUCUCCUGGCAUGAAGUGAUAUUUCCUCCAAACUGUAUCUGUCAGAUGUUUAAUUCCAACUAGUAUUUUGAGGGUUUUAAGAACUGACAUUAAAAUAUUAUAAAAGAAUUAUAUAAUAAAGAUUUGUUUUUGAUGAA